UUAAGCUAUUCUACUUCCAGCGGGUGGUACGGAGAAUUGCGGAAGUUUGGAACCGGAAAAACAGAUGCACGUGCAAAGCAUAGGAUAUGUGGGAUAGGCGCCAUAUAAGUGCACAUUCAAAGCAUGCACGAUGCAGUCGAUUUUCAUUAACAUCACACUUAUGAUGACUGGACCAAGCAGCCGGUGGAGCCUUUUGGAGAUAUAGGUUUACAGCUGCAAUAGCCUGCUCAUGUGCAUACUUUUUACAGUUUUGAAAUAAAUAGCGCCUGUUAAUCGAUAUCACAUGUUCCUUUUGAUCUCUGCCGACCCAUCUAUUCUGAUUUGAGUGUAACUUCACACAUAAUUGACUUCAAGUUGUUUCAGCGUGAUGUCUCUGAUAAUCUGUUUGCUUUUUGCAUCAACUCUUCAAAUUCAAUUUCAUCAAUCAGUUGCUGCCGGCCCUGAAGUUAAACCAUCUCAUCUUCAAGACCCUCACGAUGCAUCCUCCUGGCCUGGACAUCUCAAGCCCCUGGGCUCUGAGGCUACUCAUCUCCCCAUCCUGGAAUUAAACCAGUUUCCUUCUCCCACUGAAUUUUUCCAACAUUAUGUGUACCCCUCCGUCCCGGUAGUAUUCAGGCAUGGAGCCAGGCGUUCACCGGCUUAUGAAAAAUGGAGCGAUGAGUAUUUAAAGAGCCUACCUGAGUCUCAAGAAAUGAUUAACGUGGAGAUGCGUAAGGUUGAGAAUAGGAACAUCCCACCAGCGAGGAUGUCAUUUGCUGAGUUUCUGGACAGAUAUACAGUCUAUGAUGAGUAUCUGGUCACAGGAGUUCCAGAUUUUCUGAAGAAAGACGUGUUAGUUCCUCCUCCGUUGCUUUGUGAUAACAUCACAGUAAAUUUUCUUGACUCAGUGAUGUGGUUCAGCAGUGGUGGUACUAAGUCUGUUUUGCAUAACGAUGACGUCGAUAAUCUCAACUGUUUGUUCAGUGGGCAGAAGGAAAUCUUGUUUGUCAACUACACUAAAUACAGACAUCAGAUUGUAUUUGAUCAUCCUGAGGGCAGCUUUUCUGGUGUUGAUGUUGAACGAGUUGAUUUCAACAAAUAUCCAGAAUUCAGGGAUGUGGAGUUCUUUGAGGCCAAAUUAGAAGCGGGAGAUUGUAUUUAUAUUCCAUACAAAUGGUAUCAUCAAGUUAACUCCAUUCAUCGUAACAUUGCCAUCAACAUCUGGUGGAAUCACAAAGCUAACAUCAUACCGACCCCGGUGACCUGUGGCAACCCAGAUCCUGAGCUCUCAUUGGCUGAUGUCCGGUUCUAUUAUCAUGACUUGAUGAAUAACGAGGAAGAGGAAAUCAUACACCCAGAACUUGUUUUUGUUGAAAAUCCUGGCCAAAGUUUGACAACUUUCAUGGAAGAAGAGGGAAAAGAAAUACUGACAGAGAACCAGCUUGUUGGAAUACUCAGUACAAAGCUGCCAAUGUUACAAGGAGUGUGGAACCAGGAAGCACUGGACAUAGGACAUAAGAUUUUUCAACAAAUUGAUAUGGAUGACAACGGGGAAAUAUCAUCGCAAGAUCUCGAGCAAUUGCCAAAUGAGCAGGAGGGGGAGGGGCCUUUUGGACUCCGCCUGCAACAGAAGCUGAUGAUGCUGAUUGAUGUCAUUGAUGAGGAAAUUUCUAAAACAAGAGAGAAACAACUGCAGAAGAUGUUGGCAAAUGCAAUAGUGACAGAUAGUGACAUUCUGUCAUCUUCACAGGAGGAUUCCAAGCUAGUAGGGACAGUGGACGAGACAAAGUCAGAUAAAGAUGAGUUGUAAAUUUUUCUUUGGAAAAUUUAAUUGUUGUAAUGCAUCUCUUGGGAAAUGGACUAGUAAUGUACUUGUAAAUAUUGUUUUUUAUCAACAGUGUUUUUUAGUUUGUUAACUACAAAGGAGUGUUUUUUUAUAAUACAGGUUUAUUUUUAGAUUUUAUUUUUUGUAAACAUAUCUGAUCAAAUAAUGGUUGUAAGUGCUUUUCAGAAUCUUCCUUUUCUUCAUUGAUAUCUUGUGCCUUACAAUAAGCAUUAAUUAAUUAUUAAUCAUAAGUCUCUUGGGUAGGGUGUGUGAAAUAUAUUAAAAUUGGAGAAUUCGGGACUUAUAGGGUUAAAGAAAGUAAAAGUAAUGUGAAUAUUUGUAUGACUGUCAAAACAUACAAACAAUUGAACACACACAAAUGAAUCAUAUUAGUUUCCGUGCUUUUGUCCAUUUACUGGUGCAUAGUUUAAUAAUACUUCGAAGCUUACAAUAUUCAAUCACAGAAAACACAGUUGCUGUAAGGAGACCCUGACAAAUAAAAGUGAUAUGUACAAUGUACGUGGAAAACAGCACUGCAAAUUACAUGUAUUGAGUUGCAAGAAAAAAUUUGUUUUUCGGAAGUCUUUUUUGUUUAUCUUUACAUUCCAUAAUCAAGAGUAAUGAACAGCUUUGAAAUUUAUUUUGUAAUUUGUUUCUUCCAAAACACAUUUCCAUGCUGCUGUUACAUCACCUGGCCAGUUCCCGUUGGCCACGACUCUACAUGAUACCAUUAAAAUAAUUAAUUGUAGCAAUUAAUUUGGAGUUUCGACCAAAGUGACAAUAUCCUGUAGUUGAUUAACUUUUAGAGUUCAGUGAAGCUAAACAGUCACCAUGCAACUUGGACGAUUCUCCUAGAUGCGUAUCUUAGCAACCUAGCUAACUUGUAUUUUGCAUUGAAAAGGAAGGAAUGAAGUUUAAGUAAAAUGGAACGGCAUAUGAGAAGAACUCUCACUGGAAGAUCAUUCAGUUUUGAAGAAAAAAACCUACAAAUUCAUAAUACAUGAAAUAAUAAUUUUAAUUGACUUAGAUUACAAAAUCUUUGAUCACAUGGUCAUGGUAUUAAAUAUGGACAGACAAUGGUUGAUUAACGCCAUUUU